CAGAAACCCUGUUUCUCUAAAAGGGAAGAAGCGGACCUCGGGACUUUACCUCGCCGCCAUUUUCUAACCCGGGGUGAAAAAAGGAAACCAAGUGAACAUCACCGGGGUCAGUAUUCCUCCCUAAUUCGGACCACCAUCACCACAGCGGGUCAGCAUCGUGCACUCAACGUUACAUCCGCAUGAUGCCUGCCCAUACCAUAACCCCACCACCACCAUGGGCCACUCCAUCCACAACAUUGGCAUCAGCAAAGCGCCCACCCACACGACGCCACACACGCUGUCUGCCAUCUGCCCUGAACAAUGUAAACCGAGAUUCAUCCGUGAAGAGAACACCUCUCCAACGUGCCAGACGCCAUCAAAUAUGUCUGCAGAUUUGGCCACAGAUCACGUGAACGGGAACGGCACCGAGGAGCCCAUGGAAACCAUGGCAACCGUGACCCGCUCCGAACAUUUCCAGGCUCUGCUGGACGCCGGCUUGUCGCAGAACGUAGCUGAGAAGCUGGACGAGCUUUAUGUAGCAGGCCUGGUGGCUCACAGCGACCUGGAUGAGCGCGCCCUGGAGGCUCUGAAGGAGUUCAACGAAGACGGGGCGCUGCAGGUUCUGGUCCAGUUCAAGGAGAGCGACCUAUCCCACGUUCAGAAUAAAAGUGCCUUCCUGUGUGGGGUGAUGAAGACGUACCGGCAGCGGGAGAAGCAGGGCACCAAAGUGUCUCCGGCCUCCAAAGGUCCAGACGAGGUGCGGAUCCGGGAGCUGCUGGACAGAACCGGCUACACGCUGGACGUCACCACGGGCCAGAGGAAGUACGGCGGCCCGCCGCCGGACGCCGUCUACGCCGGGUCGCAGCCCACAGUGGGAACCGAGAUCUUCGUGGGGAAGAUUCCCCGCGAUCUGUUUGAAGACGAGCUGGUUCCUCUCUUCGAGAAGGCCGGGCCCAUCUGGGACCUGCGGCUGAUGAUGGACCCGCUCAGCAGCCUGAACCGCGGCUACGCCUUCGUCACUUUCUGCGCCAAAGACUCCGCCCAGGAGGCGGUCAAGCUGUGCAAUAACUUCGAGAUCCGGCCCGGCAAACACAUCGGCGUCUGCAUAUCUGUGGCCAACAACAGGCUGUUUGUCGGUUCCAUACCCAAGAGCAAAACCAAGGAGCAGAUCGUGGAGGAGUUUUUUAAGGUCACAGAGGGUCUCAGUGAUGUCAUCCUCUACCACCAACCCGACGACAAGAAGAAGAACCGCGGUUUCUGCUUCCUGGAGUACGAAGACCACAAAACGGCGGCGCAGGCCCGGCGCCGGCUCAUGAGCGGAAAGGUCAAGGUCUGGGGCAACCUGGUGACGGUGGAGUGGGCCGACCCCAUCGAGGACCCCGACCCGGAAGUUAUGGCCAAGGUGAAGGUCCUGUUUGUGAGGAACCUGGCCAACGGCGUCACAGAGGAGAUCCUGGAGAAAUCCUUCAGCCAGUUUGGGAAGCUGGAGCGAGUGAAGAAGCUCAAAGACUACGCCUUCGUCCACUUCGAGGAGCGGGACGGAGCCGUGAAGGCGCUGGAGGAGCUGAACGGGACGGAGAUGGAGGGAGAGCCCAUCGAAAUAGUUUUUGCCAAACCGCCUGAUCAGAAAAGGAAGGAGAGGAAAGCCCAGAGACAAGCUGCCAAGUCCCAAAUGUAUGAUGAUUAUUACUACUAUUCGCCGCAGCCCCACAUGCCCCUCCCCUCCAGGGGGCGGGGCCGCGGCGGCCGGGGGGGCUACGGCUUCCCCCAGGACUACUACAGCUACGAGGAUUACUACGACUACUACGGCUACGACUACCACAACUACCGUGGCGGCUACGACGACCCCUACUACGGCUAUGAUGACUUCCAGGCCCCGGGCCGGGGGCGGGGCGGCGGCAGGGGCCCGAGGGGUGGAGCAUCGCCGGUCAGUGGUCGCGGCGGCGCCGGGGCUCCCCGAGGCCGGGCCGGCUUCUCGCAGCGCGGCGUCGGGCCCGGGCCGGGCCGCGGCGGGCGCGGACCAAGAGGAGGCGUGGCGGCGGCGCGCGGGCGCGGCGGGGUACGUGGUGCGCGGGGCGGCCGCGGUGGAAAUGUGGGAGGAAAGCGGAAAGCUGACGGCUACAGCCAGCCAGAUUCCAAGCGCCGCCAGACCAAUAGUCAGAACUGGGGCUCCCAACCCAUUGCUCAGCAGCCGCUCCACUGCGGGGACCAUGCUGCAGGAAAAAGGGCCGGAGGUCGCCGCCGACGAGUCGCUGUGACCGGGCCGGGCGGCGCCCCCUGCUGGAGGGAACGACGGACUCGAUGAUCUGGGAUCAGCGCCGAGCCGUUCCAGCUGACCGCUAACUACCUCAGAGGACCCAGAGUCCGGGCCGGACGGCGCCGGAGGUUCGCCCUGGCCCAGGCCGUCCUCAGGCCUCCGGUUCUGACCCAGAGAAGGGGACCCGACGGACCCCUGCGUGGAGUCCAUCAUCAGGCGCCAAGCAGAAGUUAGUCAAACAUGUUUAUCAGAACCGCCUCGAAUGGACCCGACCUCCAUCAGAGCAGCACAAAACUAAAAUAUUUAGCAAAUUUGGCUUAAAAUCAGCGACUGAAAGUUCUGCUUUCUCCCAGAAGGAGAUAAAUGACCCCGACAUCAUGGCUGGUUUCAUUUACACCAGAAGAAAUUCAUAAUAAAAGUAGAAAAUGUUGGAGCUAAGAGCGCUAAACGUUUUCAAACUUAGCUAAAGCUAAGAGCUAGCUCCGCUUUUAGCAUCGUGUACUUAUUCAACGUGCUUAAAAAGCUAAUUAUCUGACAUUGUUAUAUUUUUCACGUAAAUGUAAAAUAAAUUUACCAAGUGAAUUAUUUUUAAAUCCGUUUCCUCGGAUCAGAAACUGAUCAGAUUUAAACGGAUUUUUACAAAAAUCACUGAAAAGCUCAAUUUUCUGGUUUUUAUUUCUCACCCUGACCGCCUCGUUAUCCCAGCUCUAGAACCGGACCGGUGGUCAGAACCGGGUUCUGGUUCCUGAUGAUCCGGCUCCACUCUGCCGGUCGCUGGUUCCCCAGCUGAGGACGGGGUUGCCAUGGCAACAGAUGGAGCUGCAGCCCGAAGGUCGUCGGGUUCAUUCGGUUCUGUUCCGGAACGGUCACGACCCGACCCACACUCCCUCUGCAGACCCGGUUCUGGUCCAGAGCCAGGACCGUUUGGGUCAGAAAGCUGGCCUGGCUUCCUUUGGUGGCUCAGAGGUGAAAGGCAUUGUGGGAGAUGUAGUCGAGCACAGGAUCAUGUUGCUGCUUUUCUGCCAUUAAACAGAAUCUGGAUCGA